AUGACCCUGGGCUCAAGAGGAGGGGGCGCGGCCUUGAGAUUCCAUUGCCGGGGCCUGGUGAUGGCGUGGGUAGAAGAUCCAGGGAAAAGAGACCUGAAUUAUAAUGAGCUGCAGGAGUUCCCCAUCGCCAUCCGGAUGCUGGGCAGACUGCAGGAACUAGGGUUCCAUAACAACAACAUCAGGGCCAUCCCAGAAAAGGCCUUCAUGGGGAACCCUCUGCUGCAGACAAUACACUUUUAUGAUAACCCGAUCCAGUUUGUGGGAAGGUCAGCAUUCCAGUACCUGCCUAAACUGCACACACUAUCCCUGAAUGGUGCCACGGACAUCCAGGAGUUCCCAGAUCUCAAAGGGACCACGAGCCUGGAGAUCCUGUGAGUGGAUACACUCAGCCUCUACCCCAUCUG